AUGGCGUCUUUGUCCCUCUCAGCAACCUCAACUACGACCGACUUUUCUUCCUUACCAACAGAACUCCGUCUUAAGAUAUGGUCCCGAGCCAGCGAGCCUCGUAUCGUUUUAUACGGUGAUCUAGUUCAAAAGAGCCGGUCUUAUCCCUUGCCUACCGUUACACAACUCAAUGCGGAAGCGCGAGAUGAAACUCGACUGGGGUACGAACCAAUUGGUAAUGGAUCGUACUUCGACUUCUCUAGGGACAUCCUCCUUUGUGACCACAAGAUCUCAGAUCAGGUGACCGACGAGUACCUAGAUGGUCUUGCCCCCCGGAUACGGCGUCUUGUCUUCUGGGACUGCUUCCCUGAUGAUGGCCGCGUGGAGGGACCCUACCACUAUUCCGUCUAUCUAUCAGCGUGUUAUCGGCAGCCAGAUUUUGGAAAAAUCGAAUUCGAUAGGUUUUGGUUCCCUAACGUGGAUGAUCUGUGGAUUGUCAAGGUGGGGGAAAUCGACCCAGCGUGGAUGGUCCAGGUGAACCCCAAAUUGCCAUAUAAAAUGCGACUUCAACAAUUGGCGAAACAGUUCAGAUAUUGGGUGGACGAAAACAUCAUUGAGAUGGCACCUCUGGACCUGAGCGAGCCAGAAUCACAGGCUGUCUUGAAUGAAGGCCGUUGCGGCAAAGAAGACUGCCAUGAACUCAACAAACAGCGCAGUAUAAUGAUGUCCAAGGUUGCCUUUCUCGACGGUAGAUACAAGGCUCCCGAUGAUGGACAGAAAUGGAUCCGAAUCGUUGCAUGGCAAGCUGGCGAAGAGAAAGCCGUGUACGAAAACAGGAUGAGAUGGGUGGUUGUCGAGAGAAUUUUGACAUUUGACUUGCAACGGGAUGGGUGGAGCGAAUCUGGACUGGAAGCGCAAGGCUAUGCCAUCCUGAACGACAAGAACAGUACCUUUGGGACAACUAAUCUCUGCGUGAAAUUUAAGAACGGCACCGAUAUAGGGAAGAACAAUUUGACACUCCCUGAGGGUAAAUGAAGAACGGAAAUGGAGGGGGCUUGGGAUUUUAAGGAAACUUAUUGGACUAUUAUAUCUAACCACAAAUGAUGAACACAAGAAUCGGAACAAGCUGCGGUCUAGCGCUAUCAUUAUGCGCAACUCAAUGAUGAAACAAGCAACAGUAUCUAAUUAUUUAAAUAUUCAUUAAAAACAUACCGAAGUAUGUUGCUCCUGUUAUAUAUUGCAUUUAUAAAUAUAAUCUUCUAAAAACAGGGAGGGGAUUGAAGAAACAACGAAGAAUACUGAAAGACCAUUUCCUCAAUCCUCAGCUGAAAUUACGUAUUAUGAUUGAAGUUCUGAAUAACUGUUAUUGUUCAUCUACUGUGCAACCAGUGUUACAGUUUAAAGUACUCCUUAACUUGUUUAUCUG